UAUUUGUCUUAAUGUUUUAAAUUUCUUUUGGCUAUUGUUCAAGACGUUUAAUUCGCUUUCGAUGCUUGCCAAACUUUAAUCCUAGCAAAACAUAGCUCAAGACUGCCGGAAAACUCCUUCAGUUUACAUCGUGACACUGUUAGUGAAACUUAACUAUUUACAGUUUCGCGUAAACGAAAUGCGUCCCUUCUUUUUGAAAAUUAUCUAAGUAUGUCAUUAUUUGUUGAAUAAAUUUAUAACUAACAGUGAAUGCUAUACUAUCUUAUUAUGUAGAAAUGCAAUUUUUACUUCAUUAAAUUAAAACUAUAUUCAUUAACUCAAUUACAUUAAUACACAAAAAACAUAUACAUAAUCAAAUAAUAAAAAUAGUUGUACGAUGCCGUUUUUUACCGAUUACGGGUUUCCUACUCGGUCCGUUCCGUUCUCUUCGCAAUAUUAUAGCCAACUGUCACCAUACUCUGGUGCUGUAAGCCGGACUCCUCAAUUACAACCAACCAGAAUCUAUAACUCAAUAGUAGCUGAACAAACGCUGAGGGCGAUUCGAAGGACUCCUGCAGCUAUAACAGCUCGUCAUUAUGCAAGGCCAAUACAUAUUAAUUCUGCAGAAAUCGACGUCACAACUCCCCGUCGCCGGCCACUUCAGUCAUUAAAUCCAAAAAUAUCCGAGGACAACGCAGGUGGUAACAUUCAUAGGGGUCGUACAGUUGUACGGCUACAUACAAAAAACAAAAAAACUCCACCAAGUAUAGAAGUAGAAGUUGAAAGUCCAAAAAAAUCUACUCCGGAAUCUUUGGUCUUAUCUGAAGAAUUUGGAGGUAUGGCUAAAAAGGGGACUAUCAAACGACACCUGUCUAUAGGGGUCAAAGUGGCGAUAACUGAUGAUAGGCGACCAUCGGUAACUGACGUUAUGCUUCGUGAACAAGAAGCUCUAUUUGAUACAAUGAUUAUGGAAGAAAUGGAAGUUCAAAAGGAUAGACGUAAAAGUUAUCCCGUAGAUUUAGAUGUUGUAAAAAGACGACCAAAACGUCGAUCAGAUGCAAACAUUUUUGUACCUUGUGAUAAAAAAAACCAACUAUUAACAUCUAAGACGUCAGAAAAUGUUGGUAAGAAGUCCGUUAACUGGACAUUAAACUAUGACGUCAUUAUUGAGGAAAAAUCAAGUUUAGUUAAAAAAUCGGAGAACGGAUCGGAUCAGCCUGUAAGUUUUACUUUCAAGCUUAAUAAGAAACAGACCAGUGGAAUCAGUAAAAAAGUCAACGCUAACCAUAAUGUAGUACCAGUUAAGUCACAGCAUGCAGACGGUAACAACAUAAUAACGCAUGCGUGUACGUUAAAUGCUAAUACAAUACAGGUUGAUAACACUACAGACGACGGCAGCGGUUCGUUGAAGAAAAAAAAGAAAGUUGUGAAAAAAAAGAAAAUAGUGAUUAAAAAAAAAAUGCCCAAAAAAGAGAAUAGCGAGAGUACUUUGGUUUCAAACCAACAAGUGAAGCAAAAUUCUAAAAAAACAGUAAAUACUCCGUUUGUUUGCACAUCAUUUGGUAAAACGUUUAUUUCGCCAUCACAGGUGAGCAACACAAAAACUAAAUUAGAAAAACCAAAGCCCAAGCCUGUAAAACUAGAACCAUCGUCACCACAGCCAUCGUCAUCGCUGCCCAUUAAGGUUUGUACGGAAACAACAUCAUCAAAUGAAGAAUCCUCGUCCGAUGAAUGCAGUCAAUCUUCGACAACCUCAUCGCUGUGCAAUAGUGAUAGUACCUACUAUUAUGAUACAGAUGAAUAUGGUGAAAAAAAAAUCCCGCGUAGUAUAAGCUCGUUCGAUUCUGGUUUGCCAUCCUCACCUACACUAGUACACGAUCCUAUAGAUUGUGACGUCAAUUGCCACAGAAAAUGCGAAAAACUCAUGCCAAAUUUGUGUGGGGUCAACCAAAAGUUAAUAGUCGAAGCAUUAUCGACACUAAAACGAGAUUCAUCUUCAUCGUCUGAUACAGCUGUUAAUUCAUACCAGAUCGGUGGUAAUAGUGUUAGUAGUGCAGAACGUACUGUUCGUUCUUAUAGUUAUAGGCAUCAUUCAAGACCUAAAAAGGUGGUUCCACCAGCUACGAGCAUUCCGAGAUUCAGAAAAUACACAAUUGACGAUUUUAACUUCCUAAAAGUAUUGGGUAAAGGUAGUUUUGGAAAGGUACUGUUGGCUGAACUUAAAGGGACUGAUUACUUCUAUGCUGUGAAGUGUUUAAAGAAAGAUGUUGUUCUUGAAGACGACGAUGUUGAGUGCACACUUAUCGAACGCAAAGUCCUCGCUUUGGGUACAAAUCAUCCAUAUUUAUGUCAUUUGUUUUGUACAUUUCAAACUGAGUCUCAUUUAUUUUUUGUAAUGGAAUAUUUAAAUGGUGGCGAUCUUAUGUUUCACAUUCAACAAUCUGGACGUUUUGACGAGGGUCGUGCACGUUUUUAUGCUUCUGAAAUAGUAUCAGGACUUAAGUUUCUUCAUAAAAAAGGAAUUGUAUACAGGGACUUAAAAUUGGACAAUAUACUAUUAGAUUUUAAUGGUCAUGUAAGAAUUGCUGAUUUCGGAAUGUGCAAGUUACAAAUAUAUUUAGAUAAAACAGCAGAUACUUUUUGUGGUACUCCUGAUUACAUGGCUCCAGAGAUAAUUAAGGGUCUGAAGUAUAACCAAAGUGUAGACUGGUGGUCUUUUGGCAUUCUCUUAUAUGAAAUGUUAGUUGGUAAAUCGCCAUUUAGUGGUUGUGAUGAGGAUGCUUUGUUUUGGUCAAUAUGCAAUGAGCAACCUCAAUAUCCCAGAUAUUUAUCAGCUAAUGCAAAAUCUGUAUUAGUUGCAUUAUUAGAUAAAGAUACUAAUAAGCGCCUUGGUUCCUUGGAAUCUAAUCACUCAGCCGAGGAUGUAAUGCGACACCCAUUUUUCAGUUCAUUAGAUUGGGGUAAAUUAGAGAGAAGAGAGUUAGAACCUCCUUAUAUGCCCAAAGUCUAUCAUCCACUGGAUACACAUUACUUUGAUAAACACUUUACUAAAGAGAAACCGAGACUGACACCUGUUGACAAAACGAUUCUAGAAUCAAUGGAUCAAUCCCAAUUUGAUGGGUUCACUUAUACUAACCCUAAUGUAACAGAUUUAUGAGCUACUUUAAG